AUGGUUUCUGAUAUAAUGCAACGUUUUGGUACUAAUUGGCCGGAGGCUUGGAUUCGACAAUUCCCWMASCUUCAGAAUGUUGUGAUUCCGUAUCCCAGUCAAGUGGAGGAUAGGGUCGGCUGGCUUGCUAAAGAUCUAUCUCGGGGUGAUUUUGAGGUCAAAUUGGCUUGGAAAACUAUCCAAGAGGUGAGACCGGUUGUGCAUUGGUAUAAACUAGUUUGGAAUAAAGCUUACAUUCCUAAAYAUGCUAUUUGUAUGUGGAUGGCGUGUCAGUUGAAACUGCCAACUCAGGAUCGUCUAAGUCAGUGGAAGCAUGAACCUCCUGAUUUAAAGUGUGUAUUUUGCGACUUAGUGAUUGAAACGCACAAUCACUUGUUUUUUGAAUGCACUUACUCCAGCAGUAUUUGGGAAGCUAUUCAACGUGACGUGGGUUUACUGAAAUGUCCUAGUAAUUGGGAGGAUAUUCUUCAUAGAAGAUCCACCCAAACAUGGAAAUCUUGGUCUACGGUUCAAAAGCUUGGCAUUUCGGCAACGGUUUAUAAUAUAUGGAGGGAACGGAAUAGGAAAUUCUUUGAUAAUUUCAAUCAUUCGGGGGAUAAAGUUAUUGCGGAUAUCAAAAUGCAGAUUCUUCAUCGCAUGGCUUGGAAGACAAGGAUGAAGUUAUUGACUUCCAAUGCGAAGUGA